AUGAGUAACAUGAGGUCCUCAGAAAAUGCAGAAGUGUUCACACCUGAACUACUUCAGGGAGAUGUUGACAAACACAAGAAAACUUACAGGUUUGUGUGUCCACAUGCUGGCCAUUUUCAGUGCACCCUGACCAACAUUGUGUUUGUGAUGGAGGGUGAAGGAGAGGUGCUCUAUAAAACUGUCUCAUGGGAUCCUCGUCUGUUAGAUGGUUUGGGUCAGAUACAGCCUGCAGGACCCUUGUACAACAUUGACUGUUUUCAUGGUUCAAUCUCAAGACUGCACCUUCCACACUGUGAAAUCUCUAAGGAAAACAAGGACGGUUUGGCUGUAGCACAUUUAACUGGUGGUAAUAUAGCAAUAAUCCAGCCUCUCCAAGUGACUGAAAAUCAUGUGAUGAUUGACAUCAGAGAUCUCUGCAUGUUUGGGAUAUUAAAAAGGAUCUUUUCUCCUUCCCCCAUUGCUGCCCAAGUGCUCGUCUUUCUGCGACCAAUUACUGCGAGACAGAAAGAAAAAAUAAUGGAUGUCCAUUUGCUUCCGUUGAAUGUUCCACUGUCAGAGGUCAAGGACCAGCAUGCGGAGAAUACACACAUUAAAACCAGUUCAAAGUGUUCUCUUACUCCGGCAACAGAAUACAGUCUGUGUUGUCAACCAGAGGGAUCUACAGUGCAGCCAGAGACUGAGAUGUUUGAGUGUAAUUUUGGUCCAAACUAUCAUGCCACAUUUGAAGUGUUUGUGAAUGUCAACAUUGAGGAGGUCAAGCUGAGUCUUUUGGAUAAAACUAAUGGAAAGGAAGUGUGGCUUCCACGACGAAUCCUUCUCACAGGUAAUGAAUGA